GUUGUGAUUAUGUUCUCGCCUUUACUUCUAUUCUCUCUCUCUCUCUCCCUUUCUCAAGAUUUUAGAGAACAGAGGAGAGACUCAAAUUCGUACGCUUUUUCUUUCCCCGGAAAGUUUGUUUAAUUUUGGAAAAGUAUAUAUAAUUCAGUCAGUUACACUUUGAGAGGGUUGGCAAAAGCCGAAUCGGUGGAACCAAAAACAGAAGGGAGAGAGAGAGAGAGAGAGUGUUCCGUGUCGCAAAGAUUUUAAAAAGUGUUCCUGCUUUGUCUUUUUCUCCUUCUUCAAUUCUUGUUUUCUUUUUUAAUAAUUGAAACGGCGGUUUCAUCUUCUUCCUCUUUUUUAAGUGUUUGUUUCUUCUCUUGGAUUGUUUCAUCGUUACUUAUGAUGGAUAAUAACAUUGAAGUGAAGCGAGAGAUUCCUCCACCUUCUUCUACUACUACUUCGCCGUUUGGCUUUCCCGGAAGAGAACCUGUUCCUGUUGUCGAUCUCUGUAGCAGCGAUGAUGACUCUGACAUUGGAGAUAUCGCCGGUGGGUUAGACCAAGUAUUAGGAAGACCUGACCGAAGAUAUGAUUCUGGCAACUUCGUCGGUGUGAAGAGAGCAAGAGAUACUACUUUUGGAGCUUCUUCGGAAGCUGCUGGUAGGAGUAAUGUGAAGAAGGUAACAACAGUUGAUGAGCUGGCUGUAUCGUUGCCUGAAGGAUUCGGCCAAUCGAAUCCUCCGCCGGUAAAUUUGACGCAUGCUAUUCCCGCGAAUCCGUGUAAUGUCUUCAGGCCUAUGUCUCCGCGGCCGCCGCCGCCGACGCCGUCCUCGGGCGUGUCCGGGAGGGUUGGUAGUUGUAAGCAGUUCUGGAAAGCUGGAGAUUAUGAAGGAGCACCUGGCGCUACUUGGGAUCUUUCUUCAGGUGGCUUUGAUCAUGUAAGAGUCCAUCCUAAGUUUUUACAUUCUAACGCAACUAGUCACAAAUGGGCUCUUGGAGCUUUUGCAGAGCUUUUGGACAAUGCGUUGGAUGAGGUUGCUAGUGGUGCUACUUAUGUUAAAGUAGACAUGCUUGAAAACAACAAAGCAGGAAGCAGAAUGUUAUUAAUUGAAGAUAACGGGGGUGGGAUGGAUCCUGAAAAAAUGCGACAAUGCAUGUCUUUAGGAUACUCCGCCAAAAGCAAAAUUGCAAACACCAUUGGACAAUAUGGCAAUGGAUUUAAGACUAGUACAAUGAGACUUGGAGCAGAUGUCAUUGUAUUCUCGCGUUGCCCUGGAAAAGAUGGAAAGAGCUCUACGCAGAGCAUUGGGCUCCUAUCAUAUACAUUUCUCAGGAGCACAGGAAAGGAGGACAUUGUUGUACCUAUGCUUGACUACGAAAGAAGGGACUCUGGGUGGAGUAAAAUAAUCCGGUCUUCUCUUAGUGAUUGGGUUAAAAAUGUGGAAACAAUAGUUCAAUGGUCGCCAUUCUCUAGUGAAGAAGAUCUUCUUCAUCAGUUUGAUCUGAUGAAGGAUCGUGGCACACGGAUAGUUAUAUAUAACAUGUGGGAAGAUGAUCAAGGGAUGUUAGAACUUGAUUUUGAUGCUGAUCCGCUUGAUAUUCAACUUAGAGGCGUCAAUCGGGAAGAGAAGAACAUUAAAAUGGCUUCUCAGUUUCCUAAUUCUAGGCACUUCCUGACAUACAAACACUCACUAAGGAGUUAUGUAUCGAUCCUCUACCUAAGAAUUCCACCUGGGUUUCGUAUCAUUCUACGGGGAAAAGAUGUUGAGCACCAUAGCGUUGUGAAUGACAUGAUGCAGACUGAGCAGAUCACAUAUCGACCACAGUCAGAAUCAUAUGGAGUUUGGACAGAUAUGUCUGCUAUUGUAAUGAUUGGAUUUGUGAAGGACGCAAAACAUCAUGUUGAUGUUCAAGGCUUUAAUGUCUACCACAAAAAUCGGCUCAUCAAGCCAUUUUGGAGGAUAUGGAAUGCGGCAGGCAGUGAUGGUCGUGGGGUCAUAGGUGUUCUAGAAGCUAAUUUUGUCGAGCCUGCUCAUGAUAAACAAGGGUUUGAGCGUACAACAGUUCUCUCUAGACUUGAGUCACGACUUCUUCAAAUGCAGAAGAAUUACUGGAGGAACAACUGUCACAAAAUUGGCUAUGCGCCUAGGCAUGGAAAGACUGUAAACGAUUAUUAUCACAGAGACUCAUCACCAGAAAAUUAUCCUGAGGGAUUUGCUCAAACAAGAAGCAAAACUCCUACCCCAGCUUCUGACAAGUUCUACUCUCCAAAUCAUAAAGAGGACAAUGGUGUAAAUGAUGGGAAAGAUGGUGGACAGUUGCAAGAGGAGCUGCGGCGUGAGAAAGAGCGUAGGAAGGCACUUGAAGUUGAGGUUCAAUUAGCAAGGCAAAAGAUAGAAGAAAUGAACAAAGAGCAAGCGAAUCUGAUUCAGAUAUUCUCAGAGGAAAGAGAUCGACGUGAUGGGGAGGAAGAAGUUCUGAGAAAUAAGCUAGAGGAAGCGUCGAACACGAUUGAUGAUCUGUUGAAUAAGAUUAAAAAGCUGGAGGGAUCUAGAGGUCCGAACUGGAGACAUUGAACUUGCAUAUAUGGGGAGGUUAGAUUACGACAAAAGGUAUAUCUUGUGUAAACCAAUUUGAUUAAUAAGGCUUCUCUAGCAUCUCCAUUAAAUUUGUGACUCGACCUGGUCUGGUUGGGUUGGAUACCAUGUUGUAAAUUAGUGUUAUUGAUAGGAAAUUUGUAACAUCUAUAAAUGUUUUUGACCUUUGAUUGAUUUAUUUUUCCC